CAUUAACGCAAUAAUAAAGAUGUAUGUCGGUUUAAAUCUGGGUGAGUCAUCAGCGUUAUACUCAACUGAAUAUCGAAAACGGAUGUGAUCUUUAACUCCACCUCAGAACAACGAGACACCAGCAGGUCCCACAGGAGGUCUGAUGAGGAAGAAGAGCGCGCAUGCUCUCUAAAGUCUACAAACAAAAAUUGAAAGUAGAUAAACGUCUCUUCUGUUGAUCCUCCAGUCGGACCAGAGCCAGAGGUCUCACUCUCACCUGAGACUGAAGACAGGGCAGAGAGAUGAUGAAGACUCCUCAGACCAUCCAGCUGCUGUUGCUGCUGAUGAUGAUGACUAGUGUUUGCAUUGACGGGUACAAGCCUGUCAUCAUCGUUCAUGGCAUCUUUGAUUCACCAAAACAGUUCAAAACGUUGUCUCUUUUCAUCACCAAGGUGCAUCCAGGCACUGAGGUGACGGUGAUUGACUUGUAUAACAACCUGGCCAGUAUGAAGCCGUUGUGGAGGCAGGUCCGAGACUUCAGGAAAGCCUUUGACGCCGUUGUGCAAAAGAAUCCUGAUGGUGUCCAUCUUCUGUGCUUCUCACAAGGUGGUCUGAUUUGUCGAGCAAUUCUCUCCACGGCUCCCCACCACAACGUGCACACCUUCGUUUCGCUGUCGUCACCACAGGCCGGGCAGUAUGGAGACACAGAAUACCUGAGGUGGGUAUUUCCUGACUGCAUGAAGAAGACGGUGUUUCGUAUUUGCUACAACAGAGUGGGACAGAAAGUGGCUAUCUGCGACUACUGGAACGAUCCUCACCAUAGGUCCCUCUAUCUGCAGGGGAACGGCUUCCUGCCGAUGCUCAACGGUGACAGACCUCACAAAGACAUGACAGCAUGGAGGGAAAACUUUCUGCGCAUCAAGAAGCUCGUGCUGAUUGGAGGACCAGAUGAUGGCGUCAUCACACCGUGGCAGUCCAGCCACUUUGGAUUCUAUGACAGCAACGAAAACAUCGUACAAAUGAGGAACCAGGAGUUUUACAAGAAUGAUGCAUUUGGCCUGAAGACGCUGGACGCUCGGGGCAACGUGUCGGUGUGCGUUCACUCUGGAGUGAAGCACACUCAAUGGCACUCAAACUACACAGUGUUCAGCAGCUGUAUAGAGAAGUGGCUCACAUGAAGAGUGUGAGAGAUCAACUGAAAUAGACUAUAUGAUCUAAACUGUAUUUUAUUUAUAUGAUUUUUUUAUACAAGACUGUCACCAUAUAAACCAAACACCUAUUAAAAAUAUAUCAGCAUCUAUAAA